UAAAAUGACUCAUUUGAUCGUAAAGGUUGCUGACCCCUUGGGUUGGUGAUGAUGAGUGGAUGGCCAGGCUAAGGAGGUUUACUGCCGCAGGAAUUUGGCCCUCUGAAACUGGGAAUAGGCUAGCUCCAAGACAGAAGAAAUGGCAAGAUCUUUAUCAGAAGAGGGCAGAUAUCUUUGGUGGAAUACAGAGCUGUGUUUGUGGAUUUCAUUCAGCAAAGGUUGUUCCCACUGGUGCUACUGGUACUGGUACGCCCCCAGUACUAACUGCUGCCACCUCCUGUGUUGCCACAUCUACAUCUGUUGCUCCAGCCAUUUCAAAACAACCAAUGACAGACAGCUGGACUCAGCCAGUCUUCUAGCAUGGUACGUGGAAGGGGGCUGGUCCAUCGUGGGACAUGGUGUCAAGGUUUUUGGGAAAAGGACAAGCCUUCACUAUGCAGUCCUGUGCCAGGUGUGGGUUUGUGGUCUACCGGCUGAAAAGAUCAACUGCAUUGACCAGAACUGGCAUAAAGCGUGUUUUCACUGUGACGUCUGCAAGAUGGUGCUCACGGCCAACAACUUUGUCAGCCACAAGAAAAGGCCGUACUGCUCUGUACACAAUCCGAGGAACAACACAUUCACAAGCGUCUAUCAGACCCCCAUCAACAUCAACGCAAAGAAGCAAAGCAUGGCGAGCAGUGAGCUGAAGUAUCGCGAAGAUGGCGAGCGCUUUAUGUCCACCUUCCACCAGGACAUGAGGUCCAUGGAGCUGGAGAAGGCUCGCCUAGCCAAUCAGAUGACCAGCCAGGCCUUCCAGUCUCAGUCUGAGUUCUCACAGCAGCAGACAUGGUACUCAGGCUCGGUGACCAACCAGGAGAUAGUAACGAUGUCUCAGGCCCAGAAGAACAUCAGUGACGUGAAGUACACAGAAGAAUACGAGCAGUCAAAAGGGAAAGGCAGCUUCCCUGCCAUGAUAACACCAGGUUACCAGGCUGCUAAGACAGCCAAUACUCUGGCCAGUAGCCUGGAAUAUAAAAAAGGACACGAGGAGAGAGUGUCAAAGUACACCACGUUUGUUGACCCCCCAGAGGUGCUUUUGGCCAAGAAACAAGGACAAAUUGUUAGCGAUUAUGCCUAUACAGAAGAGUAUGAGCAGCAGAGAGGUAAAGGUAGCUUUCCUGCACAUAUUACACCUGGAUACCAGAUGUCAAAGAAGGCCGGUGAGCAGGCCAGUGAUAUAAAGUAUCGUCAUGUGUAUGAACAAGAGAUUAGAGGUAAAGCCAGCGCUGAGGCAGCGGUAACUGAAGCAGCUCACGCCAGAGAAAAUGCAGAGAACUUCAGCCAGAUUGCCUAUACCGAGCAGUAUGAGCAGCAGCGAGGCAAAGGAAGUUUCCCUGCCAUGAUCACUCCUGGUUAUCAUCUUGCAAAGAAGGCUCAGGAAAAUGCGAGCAAUCUCAAAUACAGGAAGGACAUAAGCAAGAUGAAGGGCACCUCACACUUCCAUAGCCUGACGUCCGAGGACAAUCUGGCUCUAAAGAACGCCCGAAAGAUCAACAAGAUUGUCAGCGAGGUGGAGUAUAAGAAGGACCUGGAGAACACCAAAGGUCACAGCAUCAAUUUCUGUGAGACACCACAGUUUCAAAAUGCAGCUAAAAUCGCCAAGUUCACAAGUGAUAACAAGUACAGAGAGAAGUACAGCGACAUGAAGAACCACUAUGAAGACUCAGGAAUCGAUAAGAGGACCAUGCAUGCCAUGAAAGCCAGGAAUCUUGCCAGUGAUAUUUCUUAUAAACAAGGCUGUGAACAGGAGCAGGGUGAAUACAACUACCCCGCCACCCUCACACCAGGCUACCAAAGCCAAAGGAAACUGGACCCACUAAAAGACAAGAACUACAGGCAGCACAUCGACCAGGUCAAGUACAGUCAAGCAACAGACACGCCUGAGAUUCUUUUAGCGAGGAAAAACGCUCAGCUUGUCAGCAAUCUAAAUUACAAAAAGGGCUAUGAAAAGACCAAACAUCAGUACACACUAUCCCAGGACCUGCCCCAAAUCAUAACUGCCAAAGCCAACGCUGCCUUGUGCAGUGAUAUCAAAUAUAAGGAGGAGUGGGAGAAAAAUAAGUCUAAAUCCUGCGACAUCGGUGUGGACGACCUGAGUGUCAGAGCAGCCAAGGCUUCCCGUGACCUCGCCAGUGAUAUUAAAUAUAAAGAGACUUACAUGAAGAACAAGAAGGCAGUGGGGGUCAACAUUAGCGACUCCAGGACGCUGCACUCUCUUCAAGUGGGCAAGAUGAGCAGUGAUAUUGCGUACAAGAAGGGCUCCAAGGAGAGCCAGGGCCAGUUCAGCCUUCCACUGGACAUGAUCAACCUGAGCCACGCCAAAAAGGCUCAGUCCCUCGCCAGCGAAGUGGAUUAUCGCACGAAGCUGCACGACUACACCGUCAUGCCUGAUGACAUCAAGGUCCAGCAGGCCAAGAAGGCGUAUUCCCUGCAAAGCGAGAACCAGUACCGUUCAGACCUGAACUGGAUGAAAGGAGUGGGCUGGGACACUGAAGGGUGUCUGAACGUUACUCAGGCCAAGAAAGCUGGAGAUCUACUAAGUGAUACUAAAUACCGUCAGAAGGCAGACAGCAUCAGGUUCACCCACGUGGCGAACGAUCUCUCCAUCGCACACGCCAAGAAGAGCCAGGAAUUGCAGAGUGACCUGUCGUACAAAGCCAACACAGAGCAGAUGAUACACCAGUACACCAUGAAUAAAGAUGAGCCCCUCUUCAGACAAGCAAAGGCUAACGCCGACCUUCUUAGCGGGAAAGUGUACAAGAGCAACUGGGAGAAGCAGAGGGAAAAAGGCUUCGAGCUGCGCUUGGACUCUCUCUCUAUACUCACCGCUAAAGCCAAAAGAGACCUGGCCAGUGAUGUUAAAUACAAGGAGAAGUAUGAGAAAAACAAGGGCAAGGUGAUUAGCAUUAAGUCCGUCAGCGAUGACUCUCAGAUGGCCCACUCUGCUCUGGCCACCAAACUACAGAGUGGCCGCCACUACAAGAAGGACUAUGAGGACACUAAGAACAAAUACAGCAUUUAUCUGGAUAUGUUGAACAUCAGCCACGCCAAGAAGGCUCAAGACCUGUCAUCCGAGACCAACUACAGGACUUUCCUCCACGAGUAUACGACUCUGCCAACUGACAGGAACGUCGCCUGGGCUAAGAAGGCCUAUGAACUACAGAGCGAUAAACAGUACAGGUCAGAUCUGAACUGGAUGAAGGGCGUCGGCUGGGAGGCCUCAAAAUCUCUGGAUGUCCAGCAGGCGAAGAAAGCCGGGGAUCUCGUCAGCGAGAAAAAGUACCGUCAAGGUGUGAGUGGUCUGAAGUACACCAGUGUUGAGAACACUCCAGAGAUGGUCCAAGCCAAACUCAGCAACAAACUGGCUGUUGAUAGGUUGUACAGGGAGAAGGGUGAAAGCAUGAAGCACAACUACACACUCAGCGGAGAGCUGCCUGAGAUGGUUCAGGCCAAGCUCAAUGCGAUGAACAUCAGCGAGAGCUGUUACAAGGAAUCUUGGACUAAGUUACGUGAUGGCGGUUACAAGCUGAGUCUGGAUGCCAUACCUUUCCAGUCUGCCAAAGCAUCUGGAGAGAUCCUCAGUGAUCAAAAGUACAGAGAAGAAUUUGAGAAGACCAAAGGGAAGAUGAUCGGACGGGGACUGCAGGAUGACAUGAACAUCACUCACUCGGUCCACGCCAGCAAGUUACAGAGUGAUAUCAAGUACAAGCAGGACUCAGCGAAGGAGCUCUCCAAGUUCCACCUGCCCAUGGACAUGCUGGAGGUCUCCCAUGCUAAAAUGGCCCAGUCGCUGGUCAGCGAUCAGGACUACAGGCUGACCCUGCAUCAGUACACCUCGCUGGCUGACGACAUGAAGGUGCAGGCGGCCAAGAAAGCGUACGCUCUGCAGAGCGAGAAACUGUAUCGCUCUGACCUGAACUACCUGCGUGGUGCAGCCUGGAUCGCCACUGGGGCUCUGCAGAUUGAAGGCUCCAAGAGGGCCUCAGACCUCAUCAGUGAUAAAAAGUACCGUCAGCAGCCAUACAGCUUCAAGCACACGUCUGUCGCCGACUCUCCAGAUAUCAUCCACGCUAAACUCAGUGGACAGCUCACAAAUGAACGUUUGUACAAAGAGAAAGGGGUGAACGACCAGCAUAACUACACUAUGACAUCUGAGAGACCAGAGAUCACGCAAGCAAAGAUCAAUGCAGCCAACUUUAGUGAGAUCAAAUACAGAGAGUCCUGGCACACGCUGAGGGCUCAAGGCUACAAACUCACCAUGCAGGACAUCCCCUUCCAGGCUGCCAAGAGCUCCACAGGCAUCGCCAGUGAUAACAAGUACAAACACGACCACCUGCUGGAAAAAGGGAAGCACAUCGGGGUCAAAAGCGUCUUGGAAGACCCGCGUCUUCUGCAUUGCCUGCAGGCGGGCCGGCUGGCCAGCGACCAGGAGUACCGCAAGGACGCGCUGACCACCAGCGGGCAGUACCACCUCAACCGGGACAUGAUUCACUUGGUGACGGCUAAGAACGCCCAAGCCCUCGCCAGCGAACAGGACUACAGGAAGAGGCUGCACGAGUACACGGUGCUUCCUGACGACAUGAAGGUCAAGUGGGCCAAAGCGGCUUACGACCUGCAGAGCGAGAAACUCUACAAGUCAGACCUCAAUUACAUGAAAGGAGUGGCCUGGGACGGUGUGGGUGCUCCUCAGAUGGAGUCGGCUAAGAAGGCUGGAGAACUUAUAAGUAAUAAGAAGUAUCGUCAGCUGCCGGACAGCCUGAAGUUCACCUCAGUGACCGACUCUCCUGAUAUGAUCCACGCUAAGGCGAGCUAUCAACAGUGCAGUGAGAGGCUGUACAAAUCUGGAAGGAACGAUGACAUGCACAAGUACACUUUACACUCAGAUGAUCCAGACUUUGUCAGAGCCAAGAUGAACGCUCAGCAGAUUAGUGAUAAAGUUUACAAGGCGUCUGGGGAGCAGGUGAAGACGUCGGGCCAUGACCUGAGGCUGGAUGCUAUUCCCUUCCAAACAGCAAAGGCCUCCAGAGAAAUUGCCAGUGAUUUCCGCUACAGGGAAUCCCACCUGAAGGAGAAGGGCCAGCAGGUGGGGCUGCGCUGCGUGGAAGACGACCCUAAGAUGGUGCACUCUAUGGCAGCCAGCAAACUCCAGAGCAACCUGGAGUACAAACGCCAGUCCAAGGAGGACCGCGGCCACUACAAAAUGCACGCCAACCAGCCCGAGUUCCUGCAGGCCAGAAAGAGUCAGGCUCAGGCCAGUGACCUCACCUACCGCAGCAAGCUCCACGACUACACCUGUGACUCCGAGCAGCUCAACGUCAAGCACGCCAAGCAGGCCUACAAGCUGCAGAGUGAUGUGAACUACAAGUCAGACCUGAACUGGAUGAGAGGAACGGGCUGGACCCCUCCCGGCUCCCACAAGGCCGAGCUGGCCCGCCGGGCUGCAGAGCUGGGGCUGGCGGAGGGAGUCACCGCUGAUGAGGCUAUUGCAAAUUAUCAGCACAUGAUGAUGAUACAUCGCCAGCAGCAGAUGGAGCAGCAGCAGAUGGAGCUGCAGCAGAUGGAGCUGCAGCAGCAGCAGCAGCAGCAGACUUCAGAGCAGGUGGAGACCAGCGAGGAGAUUAACCAAGGCGUCAACAUGGACGCCAUGGAGGUCCUCCACGUUAAGAGGAAGAAGACCAUCCAGAGCGUCCAGAAAAAGUCCACCACCACCACCAGCACCAGCACAUCCUCGUUCAAAUCCAUGGAGAAGAAGUCCAGCGCCACCUCGUCCUCCUCGUCGGCUGCCAUCCAGAGUGCAGUUAAGACGUCCAUGACUAGUAAAGCUGCUGCGAUAGAAAACGCGUAGAUCAGAAGAGUUUAUAGAUGGAUAUAGAUAUUGUACGUUAAAAAAAGGCCACUUUCAGAAAGUGGCAUUUGUGGUAUAUAUUUUGAUGAAGUGACUCUGUAGUUACAUGAGAUGCCACACUGAUGUCAAACGGAGCUACCGUAGGGAUUAAGCAUGUUGAAUCAGGACAGGACUUGUCAAGUUAGUUAAAAGGAUUGUCAACGUAUGUGGUGAGCAAAAGAGGAAUUCAGAAAGAAACUUUAUUAUCAGAUUUAUUGCAAGGUAUUUUUCGACAUUUUAUCAGAACUUGAAUGGGUUAAAUCGCCUCUAAAGGACCACGUUAAACACCAGUUCAAGCAAAAACAUCAAGAAACUGAAUUCAGGUUGUUUCAGGACAAAAGUGAUGCCGUUUGAAAUAUGAAAAGGAAAGUUUGCAAUUUGUAUAUUGAGUGUGUUUAGAAGAUGGCCAGCACUGCAGAGGAUUUUUUCAUCAUUUUUUUUUUUUUUUAAUCUUUAGAGACGAACACAGGCUGCGAGUUCACGGCACAAAUGUUGUCACAGCCAUGCAAAGCAAUGCAGUUUUCUUACAAGGUCUGCUAAUCUAGCGCACUUUGAGCUAGGCUCAGUGAAGAAAGAAGUAUAGGCCGACUGAAAUGAUGUGUCUGGCAGGUUCAGCUUUCGUGAGUUCGUAUCGGUGCCCCCUUUUUAACUCAAAGCUGGGCUGGGAGUAAAUGCUUGGAUUUAUCGCUGAUCAAAUAAACUGUUUUUUUUUCAAGGCAAA